GCGCGUGAGGAGAGUGUUUCUCUCUCGCGUGGCUGCGAGAGAGACGAAUACGGUCCCAUUGAUCCGCCGCCUCGAGGCUGCUCUCGUCCAAGUGAUCUGGAAUCGCGAUCGGAAUCCUCUUUGAAAGACGAUCUGACGCGCGAGUCCAGUCGUACGAUCGGCAAAUUUAAGACAGAGAGAAUCGCGAGAAACACUUUUUCCGCGAGCAUCGUCGGUGUGUUUUCUCUUUUUUUUUUAUUCGUGACAAGUAUCCCGACAAAAAAGUAUACCUUUCUCUCGCGUGCUGUGUGUACGACGCGAAUCUCAACCGAGUGAAUCGCACGGGUGGAAUUUUCCGGCACACCCGUUUUCUACGCGAAGGCGCGGUCCUGAGAGACUAUUAUCGAAUCUUGUUCGAAAAUCGGUCCAAGUGUGCCGAACAUUAUCAACAUUCUUAGCUCGCAUUGAAAAUUUGCCAGUGCGUAUUUUAGUGACGCAUAGUGUACAGAGCGAGAAUGUGAGAUUUCAGCAAGCGAAGAAUCAUCUUAUCAAAGGAAGAGAGCGAGAGAGAAGACAGCGUCAUUGCGCGCGUAAAAAUUUGAUUUUACGCGUAAAUGGCAUUAAAUUGUCAAAUUAUUAAAAGAGGUGGCAAUUGUUGAAGCGGUUUGAUGACAUUUUCGAGAAGAGGCGUCGAUGGGAUUGAAGGAGUGCGAGGGGGACGCUCGUUAAGGCGCCUCUAAUAAUAGCGGCGCGCUCGCGAGUGUACCAAGCGAUCUAUAAAUAGCGGUCUCUGGCCCCGUGGAAACACGAGCCCGUGGAUUUCACGGUGCAACCUGUGUGCCCGACAGCGAAAACGGGAGAAAGAGCAGGCAAUCGACGAGAGAAGAAACUGGGCGGCCACCGAUUCGCUACAUAAGUCAUCGCGCGCACUAUAUAAUACACGGAUGAAUUUGUGGGACGGAAAAAUUUUCGAGAAGCAUGUGAUUGGAUGAUUGUACGAAAAGUAUUUCGGUGGAUGAUCCCGAGCCAGAACGAGAAACGGAAAUCGACAGAGGCAUAGCGAAGAUCAUCCGGGAUGUGAUUUAAUUUUCGACUUUUUGAAAUCUACGAUCUAAAUAUUCGCUGCAAGUUAUAAUAAUAAUAUGUCGAGCAAUAUUUAAUCUGCGAACGAGAAAUGUUCAGAUACAAUCCACAAAGUUAAAGUUAUUUUAUUUAUUCCUAACUUCUUAAGUGACUUGUGUUAAAUCGAAAAUCAGUGAUAAAGAAACGGAGAUUCUUCCGACUUGAAACUUGUGAAUCCAGCCGACCGUCGGCUGGAAGCUAAUCACGAGACUGAUAUCAAGAAGAAAUCGUUCUUCGGUAACGCCGAGGAAUCUUUUUUUCUUUUUUUCGUUGUGACGUUCGCGGCUCAACCGGUGUGAUAUCGUGCGCCUAAGCAUGAGAUUUUUCACGCAAUCUCCUCGUGACUGCAAUCAGCGGCGAUCGUAGAAACAUCAAAGUGCAAAGUUGCGACGAGUAUCGAUGCCUUGGAAGGACAUACGAUCUUUUCCAAACAAUCAUCGACGAUUUAUCAGACGGAUUGCGAAAAAGUGUCUUCUUUUCUGCUUCGAGUUACACGCAAUACAGUGCACACAGUUUACGCAAAUUUACAUACUAAUAUUUAAAAUUUAUUAUUAACAUAAUUUAAUUAAACAUACACACACACAAGAAGAGAAAAGGAAAGAAAUAUUUCGCGCGCAUAACGAUAAUUAAGAAUCGACGCAUUAAACUGGUGAUUGACUUUGGACUAGUAUUGGUAUACACUUGGAUCAUCGAGUUACUUUCAUUAUUGCCUUACAUGGACUUUCAUCAUACGUGCUCUUCAUCUUCCACCGCUGACACAUCGUUACAAACUUGCAAUUGCAGCAAGAUCCCGAACUAUAAUUAAAUUCCAGUUAUCAAUCUUUUUAAUCUUACUUAAUAUUUAUAUUAAAAUAACAUCUGGAUAUUUGAGUUCCUCCCGAUCCUAGAUCAAGACGCAUCGCACGAUGUCCUCGUCCGGACGUUCUAAAAAUUCACAGUAAUUCCACGGAGGAUAAUCGUCUGACCCACUCGUCUGAAGAUGAGCGGCGAGUAAGAGGAAGAGGCGCUCCCCCUCGAGCGACGGGGACCGUCGGAUCGCGAACGCCAAACGAAUAGGACGAUCGCACGGGGUCAGCAGCACGGUGGAGAGCGGCGGUGCCACGGUGCGAGGGGUCGUGGUGGACCCCGGCGAUGACACAGCCAUGAUGGCCUACGGUGGCACCGCUGGUAACGGGGGUGCGAUGGGCACGUCGGCGGGUGCCGGCGGCGCCGGUGGCACGGACGUUCUCGGUACCGCCGCCGGCGACUACAGCCCCCAGAGCACGCCCACACCCUUGACCGGACACUCGACGACGAGCGGCACGGUGGAGAACGCUUACACGCCCGGCACGACCGGGGCGGCCAGCUACAGUCCGCAGGACAGUCCGGCGAGCUCCGCCGGGGGCAGCGGUAACGGCCAGCUGCCGAGUUUCGGCUUCACGCAGGAGCAAGUCGCGUGUGUCUGCGAGGCGAUGGUGUCGAAUGUCCAGGUUCUCCAGCAGGCAGGCUCCGUGGAGAGGCUCAGCAGAUUUCUUUGGUCUCUGCCGGCGUGCACCAGGUUGCAUCGGCACGAGAGUGUCCUCAAGGCCAAGGCGAUCGUCGCCUUUCAUCGGGGCCAAUUUAAGGAGCUCUACAGGAUCCUGGAGAGUCAUACCUUCAGCCCGAACAAUCAUCCCAAAUUGCAGGCCCUCUGGCUCAAGGCCCACUACAUCGAGGCUGAGAGGCUACGUGGUAGGCCCCUUGGCGCAGUCGGAAAGUAUCGAGUGCGCCGUAAGUUUCCGCUACCGCGCACUAUUUGGGACGGCGAGGAAACGUCUUACUGCUUCAAGGAAAAGUCCAGGAGCGUUCUGAGGGAUUGGUAUGCCACCAAUCCGUAUCCGUCGCCGCGCGAAAAGCGAGAAUUGGCGGAGAGCACUGGCCUCACCACCACGCAAGUCAGUAAUUGGUUCAAAAACCGGAGACAGAGAGACCGCGCCGCCGAGCAUAGUGGACAGAGGGAGGACAAGACUCACGGCGGGGGCUUAGGAGACUCCAGCAGCGAGAGCGGCGAUGAGACGAAGCGGCAAUCCGGACAGCAGCCACAGCAACAGCCGUCCUCUUGCGCCGUUCAGCAGCAGCAGCAGCAGCAACAGCAGCAGCAGAUGGUGGACCACCAGCAAACCUCCGGCAUGUACCAGCUUCCGCCUCCGGUCACGGUCUCCAGCCCGCAUUCGUAUCACCAGAGUCACGGCACGUCCUUGAGCCACCCGCACAUGCAGCACCACGAUACGAGCAGCGAGAGCGGCGAUGACAAGAGGAACCUCCAUCAUCAGUUGCAGCACCAUAUCCAAGUCGGCACCCACGGCGCUCAUGGACUCGUUCAUCCCACCGCUACCUUGCCACCACCGCCCAGCUGCGCUCAACAGAAGAGUCAGCUGGAUUACAUGCAGUACUACAGCCCGCAGGACUAUCUAAUCGGCACGCCGACCUCCGCGGAUCUGCAGAAGUCCUUGCCACACACGGCGACGUCGAUGCAGAUGGGCGCGAUCGCACCUUCCAUGGGCGGGUUAAGUCCGAUGGGUCCCUCAACGAUGUUAUCCAAUACUAUGCAAGGUGUCAACACCAUGAACACUAUGUCGAUGAACGGCAUGGGCAUGGGCGCUUACCAGGGCAUGGGCUCCAUGGGGAUGUCGACGUCGCACGCGAGUUACCACAGCGGCCUCGUGUUGGGCGAAUACCAUUCCUUGUGACCUUGGGCCCCAAGCACUCAAAGCAAAAGAAGCCAGGAGAAGACUUAAUGCACAUCAGUGAGGCGCAAGACUUCCGGUUGAUCAAGGUAUUCUUGAAUAGUUGCUGUGAUAUUAUUUGGAUCGUCAAUAAAUUAUCACCAAAGAAUGAUAAGGAAAAUCUUAUCUUAUUGAUAUUGAAGUUUGCUUAAAGUGUAUUAUAAAAAGAUGUAAAAUUAUUUAAAAUAUUAAUAAAAAUUAUUAUUAAACGAGCAAUCCAGUGAGCGCGAUUUCAAUUUAUUGUUAAUGCAAUUAUUAAAUAAUGAAAGAACUUUAAGUUAAAAAUUUUUUUUUAUCGUGGCAAUAAUUCCUUGGCGAUCCAAUAAUGUUCAGAUAAAUAGGAAGGACAGUUCUGUACGGAUAUAUCGUUUCGUGAGCUUUUCUUCAGUGGGUUUUUAAAGCGUAUGAAGAGCGUCAAAAAUAACUGUCUGUUAAACGUCGUGUCUGUCUCGGUGUUCAAAACAAUUUUUUUAAUUGCGUAAAUUAGUUUUUUUAUAGAUAUACCAAGAAAAUAGGAGAAUAAACGUAUAAAUAAUUACUAUUGGAAAAAGCCGCUCUUUAGUAUAUUUUCUCUAGUUAUGUAUAAUAUAUGAAUUAUAAAAUUAUUUAAAUAAAUUAUAUACAUAACUUUAAUAUGAAUUAGUAUGUUAUAUUUUAAAUAAUCAGGAUUCUCUUGAAGAAGAAAGACACUUGUUUAGUAAAAAUCAUCUGUUUUAUUUUCAGACAAAAAAAUAUUUUUUUAUCUAUAUGUAUAAAAAUUCUUGAAUUUUCUAUGAAACGAUUUUCUAUACUAAGGAUGUCCGAGAAUCUGAAUCAAAAGAUACCGAGACGAAGAUGACGUUUCCGAACGAAAUAUAGCAAAAGACAUAUUAGCAUUUUACUUUCCCAGUUCGUAAACUCUCGUGACAAGCCGGCUAGACCGGCUUGUGUUUACCACUAUUUCCAUAAGUAAACAAUGGAGGUAAAAAAUUCUGCCUCCAGCUUUUCUGUUCCGUAUUCUUGGCGCCGUACUUUUCCGUUUUUUUUUUUUUGUCCGCGCGGAAUAAAUUGCACAAAGAUAAUGUUUCUUUUUUUUUUAACGCACGCAGAAUAUAAGCGACAGAUUCCGAUCAUUCCCCCUAUCGUCCCUUCCUGCCUCCCUUAUCUCAUAGAUUUGACCUGCCUACUAAUUAAUUAACCGUAAUCAAUUACGCUCCUCUUACAUCGUACGCUUUUGUGUUUGUCCUGUAUGUACAUAUGUAUAAUACACAUGCAUUCGACAUAUAUUAAGUUAAUCUCGUCCUUGUUCGCUGCCUACCGGGUGUUCCCGAAUCGUUGAUUGGAUUUCGUGAUUAAACAAUUACGAAAUCUUAAAUUGACAUUUUAGCGAUGAAAGUUAACCUAUAUUUCUGAUGUUCAAUAAUUUGAGCACUCUGACUCAAUAAUUUUCUUAGAAAAUUAUUCGGGAUUUUUUUGGAAGAGCAAAAAUAAAAUACGUCAAUAUGUUUUAUUAUUUCUAUAAUUCACAUUCCAUAGAUGCGUGGUUUGUGUGAGGAAUGAGAAAGUAUAGUUAUUAUCAAAAAGUUAUUAUCACAAGAAUAUAUAUUACAUCAAGAGUGAUUAUUAUUGAUAAAAAAUGUGAUAUCGCGUGUAGUGAUUAAAUUGAAUAAAAAAGCAAUUAGAGAUGGGUAUGAAACUUUAGGGUAUCCCCAGUAGACAGUGAAUGCUCGUCGCAUUAUAUAAGAUAGCGCGUAAGUUAUCAUUUAACCGCAGUUCGCAGUCUGUAAAUAAAUAUAUCUAAAGACAAUGAGAGAAAGAAAGAACGAGAAUGUAUAUGUUGCGCGAAGAGGAAAGAAUGUAAGAGGGAACAGGAAGAAGAAAGAUGAGAGUAUGUAGAGAUAGAAAAGUCGGGAUAUUGAGAUGAAUUGUUAAUUUAUUAUUCAAGUGAAAAAUAUAUUAAAUUGCUUUCUUGCUCACAAAAAUAUUUUUUUUUUUUUAUUAUCGAUCAUUGCGGGUAUUUUCUUUUUUAAACGAUGUGAUUUUUAUUUUUUUACGAUGAAAAAAUAAAAUUAACUUACUGUAAUUUGCUUAAUGUUUUUGUUUAAAUAAUUUUAAUGCGUAAAGAACGGCAGAAAAAUCAUUAUUGGAUAAAGUCGCUUUUAAAACGCUAUACAGAGUGACGUUUUAAUUUAUCUCAAAAUGUCGACUUUUCAUUCGUAAAACAUCUCGCACGCCUGAUGUCCUGAAUAUUCCGUUAGCUGCGACAUUGCCUUGUAGAUUCUUAUCUAGGAUAUGUCGAGGAGAGAAAGGAUUUCCCUUACGAGAGAGUCCUCGGGACGAAACAGGGUAGGGGAUAGAAUCGAGAUGAAAGGAAAGAGAUAGAUGUAGGAUAAAAAAUAAUAAUAUCUUCGAUCUUAUGGCACAGAACCUACCGGCGUUAUUUUCAUUUUGCACCUUUCACAUUCAUCGCGUUCUGCGUGAUCCUUGUUAAUCUUUACUAAAAUAAUCGCGCAUCUACAAAAAAUUACGUUAUGAUAUUUAUUCGACAAUUCGAAAGUGCCACAAUAUGCGUUACAAUAGAGAGAAUAUUAACGAUUCGUAAAAGGAAUCGAUUAAUAUAGAAUGUAUCUGAAUGAAGAUAGAUAAAAGAGACACAGUAAAACAGUAAUUCUAAGAAUAAUACAAAAUCUUCCGCUAGUUGACAGAAUUCACGACGCAAUUAAAAAACCUUGCAUUCGAGAAAUAAGAUUUUUUUUUUUAAUUGUUCGGAGUAUCUGAAAUAGAAAAAUUUCUUUUAUUUUUAUAAAAAUGAUUUGCUGAUCAAUUUUUAAAAGCUCAAAGUUAAAGCCAAUAUCGUUAGCUCGUACGUUUUAUCAAAUUACAUUAGACGUAAGGAUCAAUCGAAACUCUGAAAUAAGCCAUCAUUCUUUUGCAGUUUUGCGUUCGUAAAAACACGAUAAUUUUAAUCAAGCUUUACGUUAGUGCCUCGUAUAAGCAGCAAGCAAGCUCUCUUAAACGGACAAAUUAUUGAUAAAAUUGAUAAGUUGUUUUAACGUGUAUGCUUCGGCUGAUGAACGCUGGACAAAUUAUUAUUGGAACGACUAUUAUUUUAUUUUCUCGCAUUUGAAUUGUAUCUAUCGUUCAAGAGUAUCCGUAUACACAAGUUAUGGUGCACAAAUGGACAGCUUCCGACUGGCUCUUUCUCAAUUUUUUACUUUUUUUUUUUUUUUUUGAAGUUUCUUUUUCUCCAUACGUACUUCGUCAUUACUUUCGAGAUAUUUUUUUAGGCUUGCAAGAGCAGUAAUUAUGAUGGAAAGUUAGAAAUUUUUUACGAAACGAACGCUGCGAUUCGACCAAAGUUAAAGAAUUAAUUUUUACGUAUAGGAUGUUAAUCAUAAUGAGACUCAUGCACAAAUUACGCACUCGCAUGCAACUCGCGCAUACAAACGGAAGCAGCGGAAGAGCAUCGAGGAUGCGAAUGUGAACGAGAGGAGAAGCGUGCGCGCGACGCAAGGACGAUUAUUAAUGAUCAUUAUCAUCAUCUUGGUCCUCUCCAGUUUUCAUUCGUGUAUUUUAGCGGACAAACCUAACGUUGCACAAUUAACUAAGACGAAUUGCCGAGAAUGAAUAUGAACGUCGUUAUCCAUGAGCGUGUGUAUGUGUGUAUCGAUGAGCUGUAUGUGUAAGUGUGUGCAUGUGUGUGUGUGUGUGUGUAAACGCGAGAGAAAAUGGAAAGGGAGAUGAGAAAUGAUGCGUAAGUAGAUAUAAGUUAAGAGAUCACGAUGUACGAUCGAACUGUAUUCGAGUAAAGUUGAUGUUAUUUAAAGUAA